AUGAGCGCAUCUAAGCACAACACUGAGCCAAGCUCCACACGAGCGGAAAGCAAACGCGACCGAAAGGAGCCAAAGCAGGUCCCGGUUGAGAAUGGAACACCAUCAGAAUACAGCAGCAGUGAGAAUGGGCAAAUCUUGGAAUCAGAAACGGCGUCACCCAAUGGGCCUACAUCGAAUGGACCUCCACUACCAGAUGAGCCAACACCUGAAGGGCCACCUUUACCUGAUGAGUCCACCCCGAACGACCCACCGUUGCCACAAGAAGCGCUCCCUUCAGAGUCUGAGGAUGGCUGGGAACCUGUCUGGGAUCCCAAUGCACAAGCCUUCUAUUUCUACAACCGCUUCACACAGGCCGCACAGUGGGACAACCCUCGUGUACCUGAAGCAUCCUCUAGCGUCAUGGCGCCACCUCCCGGUUUAGGCUCUCACGACCCAGCACCCAGCAGCAGCGUUGGUGCCCCAGGUACUGAGUCUCUACGGUCUUCAUCGCCUGUAAAGCGGCCACAUGGCGGAUACAACCCAGCCAUCCAUGGCGACUACGACCCUACAGCCGACUACGCUAUCGCAGCACAAGCCGAAGAAGAAGCGGCGUCUGUCGCCUACGCUCUUCCCUCCUCAGACCCUGCGGCGGUUUAUGCAGCCACGGGCGCGUUCAACCGCUACACGGGACGCUGGCAGGAUCCGUCGCUCAACCCGGAAAGGCACAACGACGAGAACAAGUCGAAGAGGCAGAUGAAUGCGUACUUCGACGUCGAUGCUGCGGCGAACUCGCACGACGGGAAGAGCUUGAGGGCGGAGCGGCAGGGCAAGAAGCUCACGAAGCAGGAGAUUAAGGCUUUCAAGAAUAAGCGGAGGGAAAAGAAGGAGGAGAAGCGGAGGGCGUGGUUGAGAGAUUGA